AUGAAUUUAACAUUAUUUAGGAAUGUUUUACGGAAUGUAGUAGCUGUAACUUACCGCCGAAAUAACCUAGGAAGCAUUUCCAGAGUACCAAAAGAUAUAAAGGGUAUACAUACAACAUGUAAAUUAAACAACUUAAUGGAAUUUUUCGAUGAAAAAAAGAAUUGGAAUGAAUCAAAUAUACGAGUGGGUAGAGCUUGGAGGUUAGAUGAGUUAAGAAUAAAAUCCAACACAGAUUUACAUAAACUAUGGUAUAUCUUACUAAAAGAACGUAAUAUGCUUUAUACUAUGGAAGAGGAAUGUAAAGAUCAAGUGCGGUUAUUUCCAAAUCCUGAAAGAAUAGACAAAGUACAAGAAUCUAUGAAUAAUAUAGAGACUGUCAUCAGAGAAAGGAAUGUUGCUUAUUAUAAACUAGAGACAGGUGAAACUGGAGAACGACCAGUUGAGGAUGUUGUAAAUUUGUUAGGUUUACCUGAAAAAUAUGAAAAAAAAGAAUACUUUUUACCCAAGUUUAUGAAUACUCGUUGGGUUAGAUCAUAUUUUGAACAUGGGUACAUUAAUAGUUUGGCAGUCAAAAAAUUCUAUAGAUUGUAUAGUGAGAAGCAAAGACAGGAACUGAAAAAGGCACGUAACAGAGAUUUUAAUCAUGUCCAGCAACUUUUAAAGCGUUUCCCAAAUAUGGAUUUGGAAAAGUUGAAAGCUGAGUACCCUAAUGUUGAUAUAGAAAAAGCAAAACGUUCUAAAAAAGCCAGAGGUCAUUGUAUGCCUAUGUAU